AUGGACUCCAGCACACAGAACUACACAGAUAACCCCCCGGUCAUCGACACGACACUACAGGCUGCAAUCUCCAUCAAAGUACCACCCUUUUGGACUCACGAUUCGCCAUUGUGGUUCUGUCAUAUCGAGGCCCAGUUCGCUUUGAGACGCAUUAUGAACGAUGCCGCUUGCCUCACACAUAUUAUCGGACCCUUAUCACCCGAAAUCCUGAACGAGGUCCAUGACCUUAUCAUGGCUCCUCCCGGCACGGUAUCAUAUGAUACCUUCAAAACCACGCUGCUCACCAGGACGGAAGAGUCUCAACAAAAGCAUCUCCGCCAGCUACUUCUCACAGAAGAAUUAGGGGACAAGAAGCCCUCCCAGCUCUUGCGACGAAUGAAGCAACUCAUGGGAGAUGAUAAUCUACCCAACAGAGUGUUGAAACAGCUCUUUGUACAGCAUUUGCCAUCUAAUACACAAGUGGUCCUCGCUGCCACCAAAGACAACACGUCAGUGGACGAACUCGCUGAAUUAGCCGAUCGCAUUGCUGAUGUCCCGAGCAGUUGUCCGUCCCUGUCAGCAGUUGUAACAGCAGCUCCACCAACCAAUCCUCCCCUGCCUUCUACCAGCGCAACAGAGCUUUAA